UAGGCUGGUACCCUUUCCGGAAGUGGUUGUUGGCCGCUGCAGGGCAACACCCCGGCGUCCCUGGAAGCGGGAGCCGGGGUGGUGCUGGGGAAGCCGCGUAGAGCCGGGAGCUAGCGCCCUGGGCCUCCCGGGGUGGGGGCCAGAUUCUGGGAUUGGCAGGAGAUGGAUGAGGACAGUUGGGUGAGCCUCCCCCAAAGCUCUGUGGCUCACAGUGAGUGCCAGGCUUGGUGGCACGCCCAUGUCAUCAGGUUUCAUCUGCUCGGUUGGCGUUGGAGCCCAGACUGAUCAUGGCCGGCAGACCCAUCCGCAUAGGAGACCAGCUGGUUCUGGAGGAAGACUAUGAUGAGAACUACAUCCCCAGCGAGCAUGAAAUUCUUGAAUUUGCCAGAGAGAUUGGUAUUGAUCCCAUAAAGGAACCACAGCUGAUGUGGCUGGCGCGAGAGGGCAUUGUGGCCCCACUGCCUGUGGAGUGGAAACCAUGCCAGGACAUCACAGGUGAUAUUUACUAUUUCAAUUUUGCCAACGGGCAGUCCACGUGGGACCACCCCUGUGAUGAACACUAUCGGAACUUGGUGAUCCAAGAGCGGGGCAAGCUGUCAACUCCUGGGGCCACUAAGAAGAAAGAAAAGAAAAAGAAAAAGGAAAAGAAAAACAAGAAGGAUAAAGAGACCUCCAAGAGUCCCCUGGAAACACAGCCUGAGCAGGGCCUUCUGCCUUCUUCCUCCUUUCUCCGUGGCCCGUUCCCUCUCCCAGCACCUGGGCUGGCUGAUCUGGACCUAGAUCAAGAGACACAGGCUAGAACUGAGGGCUCCCUUAAGAAAGGGAAGAGCCCAUGUGUGCUGGGUGACAACCCCAGGCCUCUCACGGGCUCCCUGCCCAGCAAGCUGCAGCCACUCUUCAAAGGCCAAGCUUCCCGAACCCACCAGAUCUUUGCCGAUGUGGAGAAAAUCUUAGGCAGGGCCCCAGCCCACUGCAGGACAGAAUUAGAUGACCAGCAGGGUCUGGAGAAACCCCAGCCGCUGACAGAGAAAAUCUACCUGGGGUUUUCAGACCCUGAAAUAGAAGAGCUGGAGAUGAGGAGCAGACAGCUGAAACCUGUCACGCAGGGCCCUGACAACACCGGGCCCUUCCAGAGCAGGCAGGACGCGCUAGAGAGCAAGACGCAGGCCGCUGUCCAUGCGAAGCUGUCGGAGGCCCUCAAGGGCCCGCAGCUGAGAAGGGAGGAGCACAGGCACAGCGCGGCCAAACGGAGCUCCACUGGCCCUAGGGGGGACAAGGGCCAGAGCCCCACUCCCUCACCAUCCCCCGAGGAGGCCCCCUCGCUGUCCCCUUGUUCUUCUGACCCCAUGCUACUUGCUGGGAAGAGCAAGUUCUUGUUAGACAGCAGCCCAGCUGAAGACCAGAGCUGGCAGGGCAUUUCUGGGGAAGCAGGGAGCGUGGGCAGAGGCAGGAGGAGAAGAGAGCCCCCAGGACUGUGGAUGGGGCAGGUGUCCAAGCUUGUCUACGAGGACGCCUCCAGGAGCGGCAAGGAAACCGAGCCUGAUGACCCUGAGGCUCCAGGGGCCUCAGCUGGAGGUCCACCCCAGGGGCUGUUGCUAAUACCCCCUGAUACCCUAGCCUCAGAACUGGUCCAAAGCGCCCCUGCAGGGAGUGCUCCUGGGGGGCCUCCUGCCGUUGAGGAGAGCCCACCCCCAGGCUCUCCAGAGCCCCCUCAAGAGGACAGGAGGGCGAGUGCCUGUGAGCCUGACUUGGAGAGCAGCAGCAGCAGCAGCAGCCUGGCCUCUCACCUUGGCUCGGAGGUCCUGGGGGAGGUGACCAACUUCCCGUGGGACCUGCAGAUCCCGCGGGGAUCUGAGUGGGGCGUGGGUGAGUCAGGCCCUGGGCCCACAGAGCAGCACCCCAGCGCCUUCCUGGCGCCCCAGCUGCUCCCCAUGCAGAGCUCCGCUGAGGAGUGCUCAGAGAGCGAAGACUACUCUGAGGACCAGAGGUUCUACCAGCACAUCCUGCAGAUGGUCAAGAUCUCCCGGCGGCUAGAGGGCCUGGGGCUGCCCGAGAGUGCGCAGGAGAUGCCGGGCCAAGACCUGGCCAGCGUGAUCUGCUGCCUGGCCACCGAGUCUUCCAGGCUGUCUAGCGAGGGUGAGCACGAGGCCGUCAGAGCCACGGACUCCGGGCUUCUGCCUUGGGGGCCGGAGCCGCGGGAGCAUCCUCCAGAAGUGGACGUUGCCCCGGCCGUGCAGGAGGCCUCUCGUCUCCUGCCAGGCAGCAGCCCCCUCAGGCAGGGGCUGGUCGAGCUGAGUUCCAGCAGAGGGCUUGCGGCAGAGCCAGGCAAGAUGCAGCUUCUCGACCAGGCCCCGGGCCCCUCGUUAGCCCCCGUCCACGUUCCUCUUGGGGGCCUGGCCCCGUUAAGGGGCCUGGUGGAUGCCCCGGCCUCUGCUCUUCGUGGACCUCAGAGUGUGAGCCUGGGGAGCUCGGUGGAGUCCAGUCAGCUCGGAGAACUCUUGCUGCCGUCACAGGGUCUCAAGCCUUCUGCUUAUGCAAAAGGUCUCCUGGGCUCCAUCCAUGAGGACAAGAACGCUCUCAGCCUCUUGGCUUUAGGGGAGGAGACCAACGAGGAGGAUGAGGCAGAGAGUGACAACCAGAGUGUCCGCAGCUCAAGUGAGCUUCUUAGGAACCUGCACCUGGACAUCGGGGCGCUGGGGGGUGACUUUGAGUAUGAGGAGUCUCCAAGAGCAAGCCAGCCAGAGGAGAAGGACGUUUCUCUUGAUUCCGAUGCUGCCGGCCCCCUUGCUUCUGGCAAGCCCUUCAGCCAAGGUGCGGACAGCAGCCUGAGCGGUGCUGACGGCAAAGAGCAACAACGAGGAGAGGCAAGUUGGCCCCCAGAAAAAGGAAAGAAUGAGAAGGAUCCUGGGACGUCCGGAAGUGUGGUGGACCCCGGAGGUGAUCAGCCUACCAAUGCCACUAAAAAAGAGGCACCAGAGAACCUGGUGGACGCAGGAGAGGAGGGUUCCAGGAAGGAAGAGGCAGCAGAGGAGCCAAAGGAGGAGGCCUCUGUCCUGAAAGAGAGCAGAUCAGAGGCGAGCGAAGAGUCGGAGAUCAGUGAACCCGGGAAGCAACUACAGCUCUCAGACUCCGCUGCUUCUGACCCCAGGUCCUUCCUUGGCUUGGACUUCGGUUUCCGCAGCCAGAUCUCAGAGCACCUGCUGAAUGUGGACGUGCACUCCUCCGUCCUGGAUGGAGCCCACUGGGAGGCCCAGAGGUUGGGAAGAGAAGACAAGGAUGCCAGCCGGUCCAGCCAAGAGGCGCUGCAGAGCAAGCGGUCCGGAGGCUCGGAGAGGUUAUCUCCCCCUCUUCUGCGUGGGGAGUGGCUCCAGAGUCUCCUUCACAGCCGGGCCACCGACACAGGGCCUCCACAGGCCCCAGAGGGGCAGCCUGAGCAGAAGGAGGCAGCAGAGCCUGAGGAGGGCUCUCUGGGAAGCCCCCCACCCUCUGUUUCCCUGCAGAGGGAGGCGCUCCCAAGCCCACCUGCCGCCCACCAGAGGGGCGAGGAACGGCGUCCCCAGGCCGAGGGGCCGGAUCCUGGGCAGGAAGAGCCCGAGGAGAAGGUGGCGGUCAGCCCCACCCCGCCAGGCUCUCCAGAGGUAGAGAAGAGGGCCUGCCAUGCCAGGCAGGGCCACGUGGGGAAGGACCAGAGUUGGUCAGGAGGGGAAAGAAGCGAGAAGGAAGAGCAUGACCCGGAGCUGUUAUUGGGGUUUUCGUGGGAAGCAAUGGGUGAGGCGGGGCGAUCUGCAGAGCCCGCAGCUCCCCGGGAGCAGCUCUCAGAGGCCGCGCUGGAGGCCAUGGAAGAGGCGGUGGCCCGAGAACUCGAGCAAGAACGGACACGGCUCCUGGAGUCCAAGCGAGAGAAGAUGCAGCGACUGCGGGAGAAGCUGUGGCAGGAGGAGGAGGCGGAGGCCCUGCAACUUCACCAGCAGAAAGAGAAGGCGCUCAGUUCCCUGAAGGAGCAGCUGCAGAGAGCCACCGAGGAGGAGGAGACCCGGAUGAGAGAACAGGAGCGCCAGAGGCUGUCCCAGCUCCACGCCCAGGUGCAGUCCAGCUCGGAGGCCGAUGAGGACCAAAUCAGGGCCGAGCAAGAGGCUUCCCUGCAGAGGCUGCGAGAAGAGCUGGAGUCUCUGCAGAAGGCCGAGAGGGCCAGCUUGGAAGAGAGAAGCAGGCAGAUCCUGGAGCAGCUCAGGGAAGAGACGGAGGCUUCAGAGAAGAGAGAGCAGGCUGCCCUGAAGGUGGAGAAGGAGAGGGCCUUGCAGCAGCUGAGGGAGCAGCUGGAAGGGGAGAGGAAAGAAGCAGCGGCAGCGCUGGAGAGGGAGCACAGAGAGGAGCUGGAGCGGCUCUCCUCCUCGCUGGAGGCCAAGCACAGGGAGGUGGUCUCCAGCCUCCAGAAGAAGAUGCAGGAAGCUCACCAGAGAGAGGAGGCCCAGCUGCAGGAGAGCCUUGGGCGGGCAGAGCAGCGAGCCCAUCACAAGGUGUACCAGGUGCUGGAGUACGAACAGGAGCUCAGUGGCCUCCUGAGAGAGAAGCGCCAGGAGGUGGAGCGGGAGCACGAGCGGAAGAUGGACAGGAUGAAGGAGGAGCACCAGCAGGUGGUGGCUGAGGCCAGGCAGCAGUACGAGGCCGAGGAGAGGAAGCAGCGGGCUGAGCUCCUGGGGCACCUGACGGGAGAGCUGGAGCGCCUGCACAGGGCCCAUGAGCGAGAGCUGGAGUCGGUGAGGCAGGAGCAGGACCGGCAGCUGGAGGACCUGCGGCGGCGGCACCGGGAGCAGGAAAGGAAGCUCCAAGAUUUAGAGGUGGAACUUGAAACCAGAACCAAGGAUGUCAAGGCCCGAUUGGCUCAGCUGGAUGUCCAGAAGGAGGCGGCCCGGAAAGAGAAGCAGCAGCUCCUCGAUGCGCAGAGGCAGGUCGCGCUGGAGAGCGAGGAAGCCACAGCCACCCAUCAACACCUGGAGGAGGCAAAGAAGGAGCACGCCCACCUGCUGGAGUCAAACCGGCAGCUCCGAAGAAUCCUCGAGGAGCUUCAGGCCCGCAAGUUGGAGCUGGAGUCCCAGGUGGAGCUGCUGCAGGCCCAGAGUCAGAGGCUGCAGAAGCAUGUCAGCGACCUGGAGGUCCAGGCUCAGAAGCAGCAGGACUUGUUGAAAGAGCUGGAGGUAAAGGACAGUAACGCUUCCCCACAUUUGGAGCCCAGUCUCCUCCUUGAGGACCUGAGGAGAUCCCCCCGGACGAGCAAGGAGACUGACCUAUCUUUGGACAGCGCUCGGCACUACCUCUCUGCUGAAGGGGUGGCUCUCCGCAAUGCCAAAGAGUUCCUCGUGCAACAGUCACGCUCCAUGCGGAGGCGGCAGACAGCUCUGAAGGCUGCCCAGCAGCACUGGCGCCAGGAGCUGGCCAGCACUCAGGAGGCGGCCAAAGACCCACCAGGCACCAAGGCCCUGGAGGACGUGUGCAAGGACCUGGAGGAGGAGACCAGGCAUCUGGAUGAGAUGAAGUCAGCCAUGCGGAAAGGCCAUGACCUCCUGAAGAAGAAGGAGGAGAAGCUGCAUCAGCUGGAGUCCUCUCUCCGGGAAGAGGCUUCAGAUGAGGACACGCUGAGAGGACCCCCCACCAAGAAGGUGGUGACCUUUGACCUCAGCGACCUGGAAGAUGGGAGCAGUGACAGUUCUGACUCCUGCCCCCUGCCUCGCUUCAACCUGGCCCCAAGCCCCACCUUCCCCAACAAGAUCCACUACCUGAGCAGCUCCCUGCAGAGCAUCAGCAGCCAGCUCAACGGGGUGCUCGGUGUCCUGGGCAGCCUCAACGCCCAGCCGCCACCGCUCUUCUCCAUGCCCGUGCCGCUCCCCACCCAGGCCUCCAGCAGCACCCCGGCUCCCCCCAACCCCUCCCUGGCCCGGGGCUCAGCCUCGUCCCUGGCUCAGCCCACGUCUGCCCAGUGGACCCGGGACCCGGGGCUGGGCCCCAGGCUCUCUUCCUCUGCGGCUCAGACCGUGGACGACUUCCUGGUGGAGAAGUGGCGCAAGUAUUUUCCAACUGGCAUCCCGUUCCUCAACAGUGGUCCUGCCCCCUUGGAAAACAGGCUGGGCUAUGUGUCUGCCAGUGAGCAGCUCCGCCUCCUGCAGCGUCCCUAUUCCCGAGUCCCUGAGGUGGGCACCUCCAACUUGCAGGACCUGAUCGCAGCUAACCGAAAGUGGCUAGAACAUUACAAGAACGACCCCAAGUUACCUCUCUUCUCCUUGGUGCCCAAGCCAGCAGCUGGUUCCAACCUCCUACAGCUGGACCUGGAUGGGAACAACAGACUGAAAGUCUAUCACUACUGAGGCGCUGAGCCAGAGGGCAGCCUGGCCUCUCCUGCACCCAGACCAUGUGCCCUACUUGCUGCCUGCACGUUACUCCCCUGAUAAAGCAUCCUCCUGGCCCCCCUCUGUGCUGCUUGCCUCACUUGGAACUUAGAGGAGCCCCGGGGCACCAGGGGAAACGGAGGGUGUGACCAGGAACAGUAAGCCACCCCUAGACUGUAGCAUCUCAGGCUGCCCUGUGUGGCCUGUGCGUGAGCCUUGCGACACUGAUGUGGGGCAGAGGUGGCGCUGGGGGAGCUCCUGCUUCAGAGGCCAGGGGACUCCAUUGGAGUGGAGUCGGUCUCUUGGACCUGUGGGGCCCGCUUGGAGCUCCCAGGGUCACAUAUGAGGUCCCUCACUCCCCAGAACAAAGCCCCCCCCCCGGCAUGUUUGUCCUCUGGGACCAGGGCCCGCCUUUCUAAUACCUCAGCCCUGUAGAGAUCAAGCCUUUUUUUUUUUUUUUUUAACGUCCCCUUUCCUGAGCACUCUGUCUCACCUUUUGACUUAUCUCAGGAUUGGGCCCAGAGCCCUGUGGGCGGUGGCUGGCCCCACAAGUUUUGCCACUUGUCUUCCCUCUGCUGGUCCUGGGCUUUCCUCAGGGGCUGUCCUCAGGAGCACUUCCUUCCCCCCGCCCUGGGGCUCCUCCCCAGAGCAUCCCAGCUACAUUCUCAGGUCUCAGGAAGCCGGUGAGCCACAGAAGAGACUGGGAGGGCUCACCAUGGCUUCCUCUUCCUGGAGCACUCGGGUGUAUAUGUGCGUUAUAUCCGUCCGUCUUUUCCACCUGUGCCGUCCCUUCUCAGAGCCUGGAGACUUGUUCUGAAGGAGGUGAGGGGCUGGGCCCAUGCCUGCCGUCUGGCACAGCACCCUGCCACCCUUCCCACGUCAGCGGGCUCCUUGAGGGGACAUGCAGGCAGUGCUUAACAUCUGCCCCAUCGUUUAAAUAAAAUGCCCCCCCCCCUUUUCUUGUCUUGAAAGCGGUGGGGGUUCCCCUGCCUCUCCACCCCUCAUUUCUUUGGAUAAGGAGCUGAGAUCCCAUUGGCUUGCUUACCCCCAGGUACUCUUUUGGCGUCAGUCUACCGCAUAGGAUGUCCACUUUUGUUCAUCUGUGUGCUUUGGGACUAGCUCAUGUGCUGCAACCAACUUUGGUGACAAUCCUGUGUUUUCUACAUCAAUUAAAUCUCUGCAGGUCCCUUUGCUACACA